UAUAAAUGGUUGGUCUAUGAAAUGGAAGAUCAGGGAUACACACAUCUGCUCUCCCUCAAAGCUGCAUCUAGCGACGCAAACCAAACCAGUCGGUAGCAAUAAUGGCGGCUGCUGCUGCUGAGUCAUCCGUCCACCAGCUACCGAUCCGCAUCGUGACCCGCCGCCUCGUGAAGGCCUCCGAUCCAUCCAUCUCGCCGCACGCCGCCGCCGUCUCCAACAUCGACCUCUACAACAGCACCGGCCAGUUCAGCUUCGUCUGCCUCUACCCCGGCGAGCUUCCGAAUAAGGGCGCAACAAGCAGCUUUGACGACGUCGUUGCCGCCUUCGCCGCCGGCCUGCCGUCCUUGCUCAACCACUUCUACCCUCUCUGCGGCCGCAUCGCCGCCGACCCGAGCUCCGGCCUCCCCGAGCUCCACUGUUACAACCAAGGCGCCGACCUCGUCGUCGGAGAGGUCGAUGCGACCUUGGGGAGCCUGGACUUCGGCGAGGCUGAGUCCCUCAAGAAGCUCACCCUGCCGUUCCCCGAUGACGUCGCGCUGUCUGUGCAGCUGCUCUCCUUCGCCUGCGGCCGCUUCGCCGUCGUGUGGGGGAUCAACCACCUCCACGCCGACGUGUUCGCCGCAGCCCAGCUCAUCAGCAAUUGGUCCGAGCUCUCGCGGUCCGGGACGAUCGCCAUGCCCAGUCACGACCGCUCGGCGUUCUUCCGCCCCCGCGACCGGCCGUCGUACGGCGCCAGGGUCGGCGAGCUGCUCACGACGUUCGACGGCGAGCACCGGCUGGUGAACGUCCUGACGGCCCACGACAGCUUCGUCGAGCGCCUCUACUACGUCGAGGCGGUCGACCUCGACGCGCUGCGGGAGGCGGCGGGCGCCUCCCGCGCCGAGGCGUUGUCGGCGUACCUGUGGAAGGCGCUCGCCGGCAUCGUGGCCGCUUCGCGGGUGCCCGACGAGCGCUGCCGCAUGGGGUGGUGGGUGGACGCCCGGCACCGGCUGGCGGCGGCGAUGCCCAGCUACUUCGGCAACGCCACGGCGUACACCGCCGGGGACGCUGCCGUGGAGGAGGUCCGGCGGAAGCCGCUGGCGGACGUCGCGGCCAUGGUGCGGGAGGCUGUCACGGCGGUCGACUACGACGAGUACGUGCAGGAGAUCAGCGACUGGGUGGAGGAGCACAAGGAGGAGAUGUUCGUGGAGUCGGCGAUCCUCGGGCUCGGCGCUCCGACGCUGAGCCAGACGGAGUUCGCGUCGUCCCCUAUCGACACGGACUUCGGCUUCGGCCAGGCCGCGAUCGCCAUGCCCGUCUUCCACUACUCGAGGAUGAGCUCCGGGUUGAUGGCCAUCGGCGCACGCCCUGCGGGAGGAGACGGGUCGUGGUUCGUCAGCGCGUGCGUGUGGCCGCGGCUUGCGGCGGCGCUCGAAUCCGACGAGCAGCACAUCCUCAAGCCUCUCACGGCGGACUAUCUUGGCCUCGUGUAGGGAGCGGUUGAGUGCCUCGUGGAACUUUCAGCUUUAUUUACCUUUUGUCGUGGCAUGUGCACGUUUUCAAUUCGGACCGCUGUAUGAGGACUCUUAUUUUAUUUUUGAUGGUGUUCUCUCAUUUUUU